AUGUCCACUGCGAGAAUUACCAGCACUACUACGACAACGAUAACUAUUAAGAAGAAAGAUUACAAAGAGCCAUGCGAAGAUUUGCUUGAGUGUUACAUUGAAUAUGGUCUCUUGUGUGAAUUUGGCUACAAUGAAUCGAGAUAUUGUUUAUGCGAAGGUUCACAUUAUUGGUCUGUAGCUCAGCACAAAUGUGUGAGAAAAGGCGAAUUAAAUGUCCCAUGUGAAAUCGAUUAUCAAUGCCAUACAGAAAUAGGCUUAGUGUGUGAUACACCACCAGGUUCUUCAGAAAAAAUUUGUAUUUGUUCAGCAAGUUUAUAUUGGUCAACAGAUUCAAACUGUGGUCAAACAAAAAUUAAACAUAUAAUUAAUUGUAAGGAUGAACCACAUGCGACAACGUGUCUUGUUCUGGACGAUAAUAAUCUCUAUCAUAUGCUUACAGUGCGUUCAGUGACAAAACGAGAAUUAUCAUUUGAUUGGUUUUUGAUUGAUGAGAAAACAUUAUCGAAUAUAGAAUCACUGAGUUGUGGUAUUAACAAUGGUACAAAAUACUGUUUUGGAUUAAAUAAAUCGUUACCACAUUCACUGGAAUUAGCACAAUUCACAUACAAAGGAUUUCAUAGUAUAGAAAAUAUUGGAGGAUCAAACAUAGGUAUACCAUUCGCUCUCGAAGAUAUUGGUACAGUAUCUGCCUAUGUUCGAGACGCCCGAGGAGUAUUAUAUCGACAAGUAAUAAGCGAUGAUGAGGUCUUAUCGCCAAAAAACAUCUCUACAAUAGUUUCAAGUGAUGCAAUAUGUUAUAUACGUACAAGUGUCAAUCCACCACUGACAUAUUGCUAUGCUCUUAAUGCCGAAAAUACUGUAAUAGAAUUCUUGGAACAAUCGCCCAAUGUUUGGAAGUCAACUCUCUUAGGUAAUACUCAAGACCAUAUUCAACAUCUGCCAAUUUGUAAUUAUAUUGGACUACAAAAAACAUAUUGUUUCGCUUUAUUAGACAAUAAACAAAUACAAAAAAACAUCUUCAGUUCAGGUCAAUGGGGCGUCUGGUCACCCGUUGGAUCGAAAACAUUUUUAACUGAACCAUUAUUUUUCACAUCGAAACCAAAUAAUGCGUCGAGUGCUGAUCAAACAUGUUAUCUGUUGGGUAUCGAUAUUAAUUAUGAAUUACAACUAUCAGAAAAUAAAAAUUGUGCAUUCGUCGAAAGUUGGACUGAGUGGACAAAAAUACCAACAACCGUUAAAUUUCAACAAUUUCAAAAUGUAUUCCGUCUACGUGACGACAACAUGGGUGCUGUGGGUGUCUCUAAUCAAGGCAUACCAUAUUACAUAUUUUUAGAUCCAAUUACAAAAAAAUUUACGAGUCCAAGUCCAGCUUUUUCAGUUAAACCUGUACUGUUCAGACCGUGA